AUGAACACACUAGUGGUCCACCAGGCUCUCGCCCUGGCGGCCUUCCAGUGCCUGGCCACGAGCCACGCCAGCCGCCUGUGGGAGCAACUGCGGCAGUUCUGGGCCGACAACUUCUCCCGGCGAUUCUCCCCUCGGCGCCCGCCACUGCGCCGCAUCUCCUCCAUGUCCACUUUCUACCUGCUGGAUCACCGCACGCGCCAGGCUGAGCUAGGCCUCAGCUACGGAGCGCCGCGCAUGUGCCUCAACGGCGAGGCCUAUGUGUUCCGCGGCGGCCGCUGGACAGCCGAGGGCUCGCUGCGGGGAUCGCGGGCACCGCUGCCCUCGCCGGCUCUGGUGGGCUGGAAGGCGCAGGUGCAGCGGGUCCGGAGUCAGGCACUAGAGGAGGAGAACAACUACUUGAAACUGCAGCAGGAAGUGCUCCUGGACAUGCUGACGGAGACUACGCUGCGCCUGCACAUGUUGGAGCAGCAACUCGAGCCCACCGGCAACCCGGCGGCCGCAGCGCCUGUUUGCCAAGGGACGCGUAAACGCCAACCUGCUGCCGGCGCGGCGCUCCGGGGCGAGCCGCGCGCGCUGCAGCCGCGGUGAGGCAAUAAAGCCCCGU